UCUGAUUUAUUGUCGGCGAGGCGCAGCGAGCACUCACAGCUACAACUUAAUCAUUAUUAAUAAUAAAAGUACAAAAGGAAACUCGCAGUACGUCUAGGCAGUUGCGGAAAAGCAGUGUUAGACAUCAUAGGGAUCGUAUAGUGUGUGUGAAACACAGCUCAAGAGGAACCAAGGAGACAGAGAAGCCAAGACAAAUUGAGACUUUUUAUAGGACACAGACAGCAGAUUCCACCUUUCCUGACAAGGUUCUGUUCUGUGGACUAUACAUCAUGCCUCGUUCAUUCCUAGUGAAAAAGCGUAGAAGGGGAAGCUCUCGAUCCUCCCUUCCCACAGACUGUAUGCCGUGUCUGGGAGUAACUGGCUGCACAGGAACAGGAAACCGAGAAGAGCUAGAGCCAAAUGUCGAGGCUUUGACCAUUCAACCGGUGAAGAUGUAUCGCAACUGGACAACAGGAAUUAGAGGAUUUAAUGAAUUCCCUUCACCGAUUCCCUGGCAUCACAUUCAAUCCAGCAACACAGAGGACAAACAGGUUGUAGGAAAUGCGUUAAAGUCCAGCAGCAAAGAUCGAGAUUAUUCAGCAAUCAGCUCUUCUGAGAUACACUGUCAGUUAUGUGACAAGAACUUUUUUUCCUUUUCUGAUUUGGAGGCCCAUCGUUACAAGUGUUGUGAAGGUCACAAGCCAUCAGCGGACCGGAUUAACAGCAGCGAAGCCGUGGCACUGCACAGAACAAAGGAGCGAACGUUCGAGUGUAAAGUGUGUGGGAAGCUGUUCAAACGCUCGUCCACUCUCUCCACACACCUGCUGAUCCACUCGAACACAAGGCCGUACCCGUGCCAGUACUGCGGCAAGAGAUUCCACCAGAAAUCAGACAUGAAGAAACACACCUUUAUUCAUACGGGAGAGAAGCCACAUGUGUGCAGGGUGUGUGGAAAAGCCUUCAGCCAGAGCUCUAAUCUAAUCACACACAGCAGAAAGCACUACAGACCUUUCAGCUGAGGAGGCACACACUCUCAUGUUGUUUAUCAAUUUUUCCUUGUAAAUAUAUCCCACUUUAAUAAAUUUUUAUAAAACAGUUAUCAGCAGGUAAAGUGACUUGGUUUGAAGAUUAGCCAAAAAAAAAAUACA